GCCGGGCGGGACAUCCGGCCCAGGUCCCUCGCCGCGCCCGCCGCCCGCCGCCCGCUCCGGCGCCGCAGCCCGGGAGUCGGCCACCCCCUCGCGCCGGGGCCUCCCACCAGCGCUCCCAUUCCCUCCCCUCUCCUGGCUGCACGGUCCCCAGCCCUCGGGCCCGCCCCUAGACCGAGCUCGCCUCCCGUACAGCCCUCAGGUCGGCCGGGCCCGCGCAGGCCCCCGUCCCGGGAGCACGAUGUUCCCCCGCCCGCUGACCCCGCUGGCGGCCCCAAAUGGCGCCGAGCCCCUGGGCAGGGCGCUGAGGCGGGUCCCCUCGGGCAGGGCCCGGGCCGGGCUGGGGGCGCCGCCCCUGCUGCUGCCGUCCAUGCUGAUGUUCGCCGUGAUCGUGGCCUCCAGCGGGCUGCUGCUCAUGAUCGAGCGGGGCAUCCUGGCCGAGAUGAAGCCCCUUCCUCUGCACCCUCCCAACCGCGAGGGCGCGGUGUGGCGCGAGACGGUCCCCAGGUCUGGGGGGCUGCUCCUCGAUGCCGGGGACUCGGACUUGCAGGUGAGGCAAGACGUCCGGAACCGGACCUUGAGGGCAGUGUGCGGACAACCAGGCAUGCCCCGGGACCCCUGGGACUUGCCGGUGGGACAGCGGCGCACCCUGCUGCGCCACAUCCUCGUGAGUGACCGUUACCGCUUCCUCUACUGCUACGUGCCCAAGGUGGCUUGCUCGAACUGGAAGCGGGUGCUGAAGGUGCUGGCGGGUGUCCUGGACAACGUGGACGUCCGCCUCAAGAUGGACCACCGCAGCGACUUGGUGUUCCUGGCCGACCUACGGCCUGACGAGAUUCGCUACCGCCUGCAGCACUACUUCAAGUUCCUGUUUGUGCGAGACCCCUUGGAACGCCUUCUCUCUGCUUACCGCAACAAGUUUGGCGAGAUUCGAGAGUACCAGCAGCGCUAUGGGGCCGAGAUCGUGAGGCGGUACCGGGCUGGAGCGGGACCCAGCCCCGCAGGGGACGAUGUCACCUUCCCUGAGUUCCUGAGAUACCUGGUGGACGAGGACCCCGAGCGCAUGAAUGAGCACUGGAUGCCCGUGUAUCACCUCUGUCAGCCUUGUGCCGUGCGCUACGACUUUGUGGGUUCCUAUGAGAGGCUGGAGGCAGACGCCAACCAGGUGCUGGAGUGGGUGCGGGCACCGCCCCAUGUCCGAUUUCCAGCUCGCCAGGCCUGGUACCGGCCGGCUAGCCCAGAAAGCCUGCACUACCACCUGUGCAGUGCCCCCAGGGCCGUGCUGCAGGAUGUGUUACCUAAGUAUAUCCUGGACUUCUCCCUGUUUGCCUACCCACUGCCUAAUGUCACCAGGGAGGCCUGUCAUCAGUAACCAUGGGUGUGGGCCAGGAGCUGCUGGGGACUGGUUUUGACAAUGCCAGUUUCUGUGUUACCAUCUGCCAUACAAAGAAACCCUGGCUCUGGGGCCUGGGGCUUCUCCAGAUGGAAAAGACUGCCUUUGGAUGUUCCUUGUCCAGGGUGGGUGCCCACAGUGGCUCAGAGGACAGGGUUGGACAGGUGAUCUGGUGCUCUCCAAAGGGGAGGUUUCUUGGGGGGCCAGUGUGAUCCUUCUUGCCCUGGCAGAGCCAGAUUCCAGUUUGCCAGUGAAGCAACACAUCUGUCCUAAAGAUUGGCGGCAGGGCCCUGCUUGCCUGGAUUGUGCAGUCCACUUAGUCCACCUUAUUUUAAACCUGUGGCCAAACUCAGGAGGUCUACCAGAGCUGGGAUCCCUGUGGCCCAUUCAUCACUUCCAUGUGCCUCAGGGCUGGAGUCCGAAGUCGUGCCUUAUGAAUGACUUUUGUAUCUUUCUACUUCAGACUUAGAAUUUCCUACACUUGCCAGAUUCUUUUCAUUUUUCCAAGGAAAGGAAAACUGAAAGGGCCCUUGCCUGGUAGCACCAGGAUCUGGCCCUGCAGCAUCCAAAGAUCCCUGUGUGGCUAGUGUAUCUUGCUGCCACUUUUUUAGUGCAUUUAUUUAAAAUUUGUAUUUUUUGAUAGAACCUUUGAGAAGGCUUUGUUUUCCCAAUAGCUGAAUUUUUAAUAAAGCCAUUUUGUAUAUAAAGUCA